CUUACAUGUAAAUCAUUGGAUCUGGAAUUAAGGAAAGAGUGUCUUUUAAGCUCGAUAUGGCUACAUCAAAUUACGAUUCUACCUCGGAGACCACCAACCUUGCUCGUAUAGCCCGGAUUAUCCUUGGUCCCUGCACUGAUGUAUUACGCGCUGUUCUGAAAAAAGAAAUGCCUCCAGCUACCUUGUCACAAAAUCUUAAGACUUUUCUUGCCAAUCUCCCAAGACACAAGAAGCCUCCAAUAAGCAAAACACAAGAACAUAUCGUUUAUGGCGGGAACUUUUCACAUUUUGACACCACGUUGCUCUACUUUCUUUUACGUAACAUUUGUUCAAUCCCUGAACAUAGACUAAAAUGGGGCAAAAAACCAAGUCCAACAGAGAGGAGUGUGUCAGCAAACAUAGAGCGCAUUCGAUUGAUUAGAAACGAUUAUUACGGACAUGUAGCGAGUUUUUCUCUCCCGGAUCCUGAUUUCAUAAACCAAUGGAAUGACCUUUAUGUGAUUGUGAAGGAAUUAGAGUCGUACAUUGGAAGUUCAACUGAUCACCAGGACGCUGUGACACGGCUCAAGUCGUGUUCUAUGGACCCUGAAGUAGAACAGAACAUCAUCGACAAAUUGUUGGUUGUUGAAAAACUACAAGAAACUGUUGAAAAUCUCGAACAGAAAAUCGAAGUUUUGGAAAAUGCAAGAGUUCCAUUUGGAAUCAAAAAUAUUUCCGAAUGGAAAGAAAAUGAAAAAGUGUUUUUAGAAACUCACAGCUUCCCUUCAAUGCUGGAUAAAGUUAGAGCCCAGUCCUAUGUGACGUUUGUUGGCGUUCCGGGCUCAGGAAAGACGGCUACAGCACGUCACAUAGCGCUAAAGCUACAAAACGAAGGAUACGAAAUCUUGAACAUUAAAGAUAUCAAAGACAUAGAAACUUACUGUGAUCAACACGAUCCACAAGUGUUUGUCAUUGAUGAUGUGAUUGGCAAGUUUGGGUUAGACAACGCAGCGUUCAGUUUGUUAAGCAGGUAUGAAGAUACUUUGGUAAACCCUACCAUGUCAAAAACCAAGGUCCUUAUGACAUGCCGAGAGACAGUAUAUAAACACGAAACUCUUGCAGAAAGUUUUCUGUGCAAAGAAGAUAAUGUCGUAUUGUUACAUAGUAAUGAACUUGCGCUAAAUGAUCAGGACAAACGCGAUCUGAUGACUAAAUAUCAGUUGGACACAAAUAUUUUGUCACAAGAAGAUCUGGCAUCAUCAUCACAUAUGUUUCCUUUGUUGUGCAAAUUGUUUUCAACUAGGUAUAGCAUUUAUGGUCCGAAGUUCUUUAUACUGCCAAUUCCCUGCAUAUUGAAUGAACUUAAUGGUAUGAAAACCUUGUACAAAUUACAGUAUGCCUCAUUAGUUUUACUGAUGGCAAAUCAAAACAAAUUGUCAGAAGAAAUUUUAGAGAGUGGCAAUAGUACUUACAAUGGAAACAUAUUUAGUGAAAAGAAAUGCAGAUUCCUAAAGGAAUGUAAAGUAAAGACAAACACAGAGAGCUUCGAGUUCAUUGAUGCUUUGUCAGAAAUGGAGGGAACUUACACAAAGAAAUGUGAAAGUGAGUUUACCUUUAUUCAUGACUCCAUGUUCGAAAUCGUUGCUUAUCAUUUUGGUCAUCGGUGUCGAAAGCUUAUGUUGGAGUAUAUGAGCAGUGACUAUAUAGCCAAUUACAUCAAAGUAAACACAUUCGAUACUCAUAAAAUAGAAGGUGAAAGUAAAAUAAUGCCUAAAGAUGACCAACAACAUAAACCGGAAGCUGAAACAAAUGUGAUCGAUUUAUCUAUUAAAUUGACAGAAAACACUCUGUUGCAAAUGUUAGGUGAGCGUUUGUUUAAGGACGUAGAGAAUAAAGAAAUUUUCAAUGUUUUUGGAAAUGAAGCUUUGAAAGUGCAAUCUGUGCUUCAAGCGUUUAUGAAAGUCAUGAGAACGAAGUCGUAUUCAGAACUAUAUUCUAUAUUUCUGGAAAACCUCAAAAUACACGAUUAUAUGUAUGUGAAAAAGAAACAUGAAAAAAGUCAACUUUUUGUUUGCGACAAAAUUGGCUUAUUAUUCAAUGAAAUAGAAGUAAAUUACGCUGUUUACACGCGCGUAAAUGCCAUCAGCUGGGUGAUAUAUCAUGGGCACCAUCAAAUCUUACAAUACAUUACAGAACAAUUAGUAAAGGAAAAUGGCAAGACCGACAUUCUUUUUCAAAAUCCCUUUUUUAAAGGUCAACGACCUUCAACCAUGGAUAGCUAUGAUUCUGAUGACGAUUAUGGCAUGACAAAUGAAAGCGUUAUUGACUAUGACACUUCAGAUAACGACAAAAAUCGACUGCUUUGUCUUGGCUGUUUUAGUGGAGAUACAGACACUUUGAAAGUGUUAUUAAAAUGCCUGGCUGAGGAAGAUUUCAAAACUGUUUUUCGUAUGCGUGAUAAUCCAUUAGAAAUCGCAUGUAGUUUAGGAUAUGUAAACAUGACAGACGAGUUGUUAAAAUAUCUUGUCCCUUUUAAUAGUAGAUAUGUGAUGGACACAUCUCUGAUUUCUUCAUGUACAAAAGGACAUGCUAGCAUAGUUGAACUGUUAAUAAAGGCUGGGGCUGAUGUAAAUUGUGGCGACUUACAAACACCUCUAAUGGCUGCAUGUUAUCAAGGACAUUUGAAUAUAGUUGAUAUGUUGAUAAAAGCAGGUGCUGAUGUCAAUUUACACAAACAAUUACUUUUUCAUAUAUAUACACCGCUAACAUUUGCAUGUGAAAUGGGACAUGUAAAGGUAGUUGAAUUGUUAAUAAAAACAGGGGCUAUUGUCAACUUACAUAAACAACAGUAUGGAAGUGCAGCGGCUAAAUCCCCAUCAGCACUGACAUCAGCAUGUAAAAUGGGACAUUUGGAUGUUGUUGAAGUGCUUAUAAAAGCAGGAGCUGAUGUUAAACAAUCAGAUGAACGUUUUGAUCCACUAAAAACAGAUCCAAUUUCAGUUGCUUGGUCGAAUAAAAAGUAUGAUAUAGUCGAAAUGCUAAUUAAAGCAGGGUCUGAAGCCAAUCUUAAGCCUGGCCAAGAAUUAUCACUCACGACUUCAUGCUAUAAAGGGUAUUUGAGCGUCGUUAAAGAUUUCAUUAAAGAAGGAUCCGAUGUCAACCAAACUGAAGAACUUAUAACACCAUUAAGAGCUGCAUGUUUAAUUGGCCAUGUGGAUGUGGUUAAAGAAUUGAUCACCUCUGGGGCUGAUGUCAAUUUACAUAGUGGAGACAUCACCCCACUUUUAACAGCAUGUGAAAACGAACAUCUGGAAAUAGUAGUCGAGUUGAUAAAAGCAGGAGCUGAUGUCAAUUUAAAUGUUCAAAACAUGAAUCCUCUCACCACUGCUUGUGAAAAAGGGUAUUUGUGUAUAAGCAAAGAAUUGAUAAAAGCCGGGGCUGAUAUUAACAUAAGGUAUGCAAACAAAACUCCAUUAACAGCUGCGUGUAAUAGCAAACAAUCAAGUGUAGCUGAAGAGUUAUUGAAAGCAGGAGCUGAUGUCAAUUUGAGCGAUGGAACAAUAACACCUCUAAUAGCUGGCUGUGAAAACAAAGUACUAGGUAUUGUACAAGAACUGAUAAAAGCAGGGGCUGAUGUCAAUAAGGGCGAAAGAAAUAAAACACCUCAAACAGUUGCAUGUGAAGUAGAAGACAUCGAUGUAGUGAAAGAAGUGAUAAAAGCGGGAGCUAAUGUCAAACAAAGCGAUGGAGAGAGAACGCCCCUUAGAAUUGCAUGUGCUAAAGGUAGUUUAGAUCUUGUUAAAGAGUUGGUUAAAAAUGGAGCUGAUGUGCAUACUGAUGGGGGUCUGACAGAUGCAUGUUUUAUGGGACAUGUGCAUAUAUUGAAAGAGUUGUUGAACUUUGGAGCCGAUGUUAAUCAUAGGUCUAUGGAUAGAACUCCUUUAACAGCUGCUUGUGUAGGAAGGGAUUUGGGUAUUGUAAAAGAAUUGAUAAAGGCGGGGGCUGAUGUCAACCUUAAUGAUGGAAAUAAAACACCUUUGACAAUUGCUUGUGGAAUAAAAAAGAAAGGGUUUGUGAAGGAGUUGAUAAAGGCUGGGGCUGACGUGAACUUAUUCGAUGGAAAUGGGACACCUCUGACGAUUGCAUGUGAAAGGGGGGAAUUGUAUGAUGUAAAAAUGUUGAUUAAGUCAGGGGCUGAUGUUAAUUUAAGCGACGGAAAGAAAACUCCUCUAACAGUUGCAUGUGCGAUUGGAAACAUUUAUUUUUUAAAAGUGUUGAUAAAAUCGGGGGCUGAUGUAAAUUUAAGCGAUGGGAAUAGAACGCCUCUGACAACUGCAUGCAAUAAUGGGGAUUUAUGUAUUGUCAAAGAACUAAUAAAAAGUGGGGCUGAUGUCAAUAUAAGUGAUAGAUUUGGAACCCCACUUACAAUAGCAUUUUAUAGAAGAGAUGUUGAUAUCCUCAUUGAGUUGACAAAAGCGGGUGUUGUUGCCAAUCUACCAACUAGAAAAAACGAACCAUUGACAACUGCAUGUUAGUUAGAUCAUUUAAAUAGUAUUCAUUACUUAAGAAAGGCAAGAAGUUUUUAAAAAGACCUAGAGCUAGCUAUGAACAUGGCAUUCAUAAAAAUAGAUAAUAUGUAUGAGUUGAUAAAAAUGGGAACUGAUAAUUAUCCAAAUAAAGCAAAUGAAAUACUUCUGAUCAUGAUAUAAUUAUAUGUAUAGUAGCCCCUACAUAGCAUUUGGUAUUUUCCAAGACGGGAGUUUUUGACUUUUGUCUAGUUAAAUAUAAAUUUCUUGUUAUUGUGAGAUACGCUGAUUGUAUCUUUGUUGCCACACUUAUACACUGCUGCUGAAUGAAUAUAUCAUUUUUUCUUACUUUUUUUUAAGCCAACAAACUUUAAUUUUAUUGCAGAUUUUUGAAUUUGUUCAAUGAAUAGGUGAUAUAUAUUUUGAUUCGAUGUAGAUAUUUUUAUUUAAAAAACAAAAAUAUAGAUCAAGCUGUUUGUAAUUGGGGGUAUUAGUUGUUUGAAAAGCUAUCAACGAAUUUAUAGAUUUUAUUGCUUUAAUUGAUAGAGUAAUAUUGAAAUGAAAUGGUGAGAAAUCAAUUAUUUUAUUCUAGUUUUGCAUUAACAAUUACUGCAUGAUUUUGAUACAUUAUAUCAAAAGAAUCAUCAUGCAAUCUUACUUUGGUCAUCAACAAUAUAAUCAAUAGAGUAUUUAAAAAAGAAUUAGAAAAAUUGAAAAUGACAAUCAUUUUGGUUUUGUUUUUUACUAUUUUCUUUUUUUGCAUUUACAGUUUUUUCAUUAUUAUGUUUGAUAAAAUGUUAAAAUAAAUUUUUAUA